CUGAUGGAUGAAAACAUCUAAAAGAUGUCGUCCUACUUUCAUGACGUCUCUAAAAGUUAUUUUAGAGCAUCUUUCUUUGACGUCUUUAAAUUUUUACUAGAAGGUGUCUUAAUUCGUUGUCCAGCCUAUAAAUAACACUUUAACGAAGACACGGAUCCAACUUAGCAGAGAUUUAAACCUAAUUAGGUUUGAGUCUUCGCUAACUUUAGGUUUAAAUCUCUGCUAAAUUGGGUUCGAGUCUUCGAUGACGCUUACCUCUCUUUCUCUAUUCAACAAGGGGAAUUUAAAUCUUCUGUAACAUAACCUGUACUUAUAAGCGCGUGCACACUCGUUAUGCCUCGAACUUUUGUCAUUUAAAAAAUACGAGAAUGGGUGGUUCUAAAAAAAAGGAAAAAGUAUUAAAGAGCGGGCCGGUCGACAAUGCGUGGGCGUUAAAAAUACCAGAAUUUAAAGCAGAAGAUAAUCCACAUCGUCUCCUCGAGGAAAGCUCGUUCGCAACUAUGUUUCCCAAGUAUCGCGAGCAGUAUUUGAAGGAGCAUUGGCCCCUGGUCCAGAAAGCGCUGAGUGAACAUUAUAUUAAGGCCGAAAUGGAUCUCAUCGAAGGGAGCAUGACAGUGAAAACUACCAGGAAGACGUGGGAUCCAUAUAUCAUCAUCAAGGCUCGCGACAUGAUCAAGCUCAUGGCUCGUUCAGUCCCCUUUGAACAGGCAGUUAGAGUUCUUCAAGACGAUAUCACUGCGGAUGUCAUAAAAAUAUCUUCUCUCGUUAGGAAUAAAGACAAGUUUGUCAAGAGGAGACAAAGGCUCAUUGGACCAAAUGGAUGUAAUCUGAAAUCUAUUGAACUGCUCACUAACUGUUACAUUGUGGUUCAGGGUCAAACUGUAUCGGCUCUAGGACCUCACAAAGGUGUCCAUCAAGUGAGAAAAGUAGUGGAAGAUACCAUGAAAAAUAUUCAUCCAGUUUAUAGUCUCAAAACAUUGAUGCUUAAACGAGAACUCGCUAAAAAUCCAGCAUUGAAGAACGAGGAUUGGGAACGAUAUCUCCCAAAAUAUAACAACAAGAACAUAAGCAAGCGCAAAGAACCAAAGAAGAAGAAGGCGAAGAAACCAUAUACUCCAUUCCCACCACCUCAACAAGAGAGCAAGCUCGAUAAGGAGAUGGCAUCUGGUGAAUACUUCUUGAAGGAGGAGCAGAAGAGGGCAAAGAGAAAGAAGGAACAAGAAGCGAAACACGAAGAGGCUAUCAAGAAGAGGCAGGAGCGUAGGGCGCAAGUAUUUAUACCACCUGAAGAAAAACCUGUUAAAAGUGAAAGUAUAAAGACUGACAUAGACAUUGCUGAAAUAAAGAAAAAAGUUCAACAAGGAUUUAAAAAACAAAAAACAGAAUAAUAUUGGAACUUGAAUGUUUGAUAAUGUAUAAAGGAAUGUAAAAGUUAAGGUUUAUCACACAAAUAUAAAUUUACGGAAAUACUCCGUUUUUUUAUUAGAAAAA